AUGUACUCACUACGUUAUUAUAUAGAUUCCUGGAUCGAGGUCUCCUCCCAGCCCUCCUCCUCUUCCCUCUCCUCCGCCGGCACCAACGACGAUAUCAUCACUACCGGUCUGCGCGUCCAGCAGGAUGAAGCUGGUGCAUACCAUCGCAGCCGACGGCGCCGUCUGCAGCGGCUGGCUGCCGUCACCACCGCCCAAGUCGACUACUCGUCCCGCGAACAAAGCAGUAGCCAAGACGAAUACGAGGAGAGUGAGAGCGAGUCGGACCGCGUCCUCAGCAGUUCGAACGAGGACAUGGUCCGUCAAGCUUUACCUACCCCGUUCGUCCCGGGACCAGGUCCCUCUUCCACCGCUUCCGAUGAUGCCAGCGAUGAGGAUGAUGAUGACGACAACUCAACGGCGUUGGGUAUGCGUAUGGGUUCAGCCCCCUUUGUUCCUCAGCCCAACGUCUUCUCGCACCCACCUGCAUCUCAGAACACCUCUUGGAGGCCUACCGGAGGACACCGCUCACAGCCCAGUGAGGUGUCCAACUCCAGCCGUCGCACAGCGAUUCGCAGAAACUCUCAAGCAAGUAUACGCUCCGCACGGAGAUCCUCCCAGCAACAUAGUCCAUUCAAUAUGAUCUCACCGUCCCACCACGCGGAUCACGACGCCGCUCUGCGUGCCAGUCUAUCCACUUUGCUCUCCUGUGCCGCUGCGGCCCGCGGUCUGCCCAAAUCCGACCCUCCCCCCUCACAGGCCAGUCCUUCUCGAGGCCACCCAUCUUCCUUCCGCUUAGUACCGGAGUCAGUAGCGAUGGGAGGAGAAGUUAGCGAGGAAGCCGUAGGGGCGGAAGCGACUGUCCCCACUCGGACCCCGCGGCAGGGACCCACUCCGCAGCCGGCCGCAUACUCACCCCGCGAUGUCCAGUCGGCCCCUCGAGCAAAGCGGCGGUCCAGCCCAUCCAAAGAACGUAGCCACUCCUCUGCAAAGAAGGGCCGUCGAGCCAGCAUAGCAGAUGCUUCGACUGCCAGUCCCACCGUCAUGACCUGGGUGAUCAGCGCGGGUGUUGUCGUCUUGUUUUCAGCCAUCAGCUUCUCCGCCGGCUACGUGCUGGGCCGCGAAGUCGGGCGCUUGGAGGCCAGCACGGGAAUGACCGUGGCUGGCGAUGCUGGCGUGCCCGGCCGAGCAGCGGCAGGCUGUGGCCAAGAAGCCGUCCGAGGUGGUCUCAAACGCAUCCGCUGGGGAUCAGGAACCUCUGGGUCAGGCAUCAUUGCGUGA